AUGUCUCCACGACUGGAUGCUGUUUCCUCCAUCCUGGGUCUUGGUCCGGUCCAGAUUGCGGAGCUCUCUCGCUCGCUGCAGGCUGAGGAAAGUCAUCGGGAGGAGAGAGAGAGAGCGGUAGAGAGACAUAAAGAAACAGAGAGGAGUCUGCAGUCUGUCAGUGAGGCUGUGAUCAAACUGUCCAGAGUCCUGAGGAGCAGCGGCGGCGGGCGGUCGCCGUGCGUCCCGUCAGACGGCGUCCUCAGGCUGGAUCUGUCCUCUCUGCUGUCCGUCCUGUCUCAGACUGAGAGCACCCUGCAGUGGAGACACGAGGAACUGCAGGGGGCGGAGCUCUCUGUGCGGCGGCUUGGCGAGGAGAAAACGGCUCUGCAGCUCAAACUGAGACAGCUGGAGGACGACAACCAGCAGCUGCACACACACACACAACACACACAGACGGAGCUCACACACACUCUGGAAAUACUGAGCAGCGAGCGUGAGGCGGCGUCCUCUCUGCGUCUGCAGGUGGAGGAGGUGCAGAGGAGGGAGGAGGAGGUGCAGAGAGAGAACGACAGACUGAAGAGAGAGAGAGACAGACAGGAGGAGAGGAGCCGACAGCUGGAGACAGAGACGCACAGACGCGUUGAGACGGAGCUGCUGGAGAACGUCCAGCUGACAGAGAGAGAAACGCUCCACCUGCUGGAGAUUCACACUCUGAAGGCGGCGCUGGAGAGAGAGCAGCUGGACCGCCGGCGAGCAGAAGAGGAAGCUGCUGACGCCAGACACGCCCUGCAGAAGUCCAGGGAGUGUGUGCUGCAUCUCUCGUCCUCUGAGUGUUUGCUGAAGCGGGAGGUGGAGGAGGGCCGGGACGCUCUGGACAAAAUGGCCGCCUUGAGCUCGGCUGUGGCCUCAGACAAGAGAGAGCUGAACAAACAGCUGCUGCAGGUGGAGUGUGAGCUGGCAGACAGCCAAUCACAGAUGCAGGCUCUGAGGUCAGAGGUCAGCUCUCUGCAAAGGGAAGUCCAAACCCUCAACAUGGACUGCAGCCUGCUCAGAACUCAGAGGGAGGUGGAUGCCGGCGUUGUCCAUCAGCUGAGAGAAGGAGCGCGAGAGAUGGAGAGAAUAAUGGAGGAGAAGGAGAGAGAGUUGCUUUGCCUGACAGAGGAGAGAGAGAGAGAUGUACAACAGCUGGAGGAGCUGUCCUCCCAGCAUGCAUCGGGGUGCAGGGAGCUCAGGGAGGUGCAGGACCAGCUGCAACGGGCCGGGGAGGAAGCGAGGAGGAAGGAGCGACAGCAGGAGGAGAAGCAGAGAGAGAGCAGGAGGCUGCAGGAGGAGCAGGACAGUCUGCAGAGACACAGAGAGCAGCUGGAGGAGGAGCUGCAGGAGCUCAGGUCUCUGUCGGUGUCUCUCCACCAGCAGCUCAGUCAGCAGCAGAGGCAGCUCUCACAGUCGGAGGUGGACAGAUGUCAGCUGAACGUACAUAUUCACACUCUGCAGCAGGCCAAAGACACGCUACAUGGAGAGAUCGAGUGUCUCAGAGACGAGCUGGAGCGAGCGACGGCCGGCAGACAAGACAAGACUGAGAGGAACGAGGAGGAGAGGGAGGCGCUGAUGGAGGAGAUGGAGAGGCUGAACCAGGAGGUGGAGAAGCUGAAGAAGACCAGGAGAAAGGACGAGGAAGAAAAGAGGGAGGAGAGGGAGGCCUGGCAGAGAGAGAGGGAGGCGCUGAGCGAGGAGCUGGGGAUGAGGGACGGAGAGGUGGAGGCGCUGAGGAGGCGUACAGAAGGACUGACGGAGGAGAAGGAGGAGAGACAGACGGAGGUGGAGAGACUGAGGGAGGAGGUGACGGAGAGGGAGGCGCAAAUCAGCCACAUGAUGGCGAGAAUACAGCGGGCGGAGGGAGAGAAAGAGAAACUGGAGGAGGAGACGAAGAGGACGGAAGCGGAGAGGGAAGAGAGGAGGAGGGAGGAGGAGGUGCAGAGGAACAGAGAGACUGAGGCGCUCUGCGACCGGAUGGAGAGACUGGAGAGGGAGAAGGACCAGAGGGAGGAGGAGGUGGAGCACCUGAGAGGUGAAGCAGAAGAGGUGAAAAGAUGGAGGAGGAGGGUGGAGGAGUUGGAGAGACUGCAAGAUGGAGAGGAGGAGACAAGGAGGCAAGAGGAGGAGUUAAGGGAGAAGCUGGAGGAGAAAGAGGGCGAGGUGGUGGUGCUGUCGGUGAGGCUGAGUGUGGCCAAGGAGGAGCUUGAGGAGAAGAAGGAGGAGGUGGAGCGGAGGGAGCGCAGCCUGGAGAAACAGAUAAGCACCGUGAGGGAGCUGGAGGAGGAAGUGGAGGUGCUGAAGGAGCGCCUGGCUCUUGUGGAAGACCAGGAGGAGGUGAAAGCGAGGGAGUGUCAGGAGGCGAACCACAAACUGAAGGAGAAGGAGGUGAAGGUGGAGCAGCUUGAGGAGCUGCUGAGAGAAACCCGGGAGAUCCUGGAGAGAGAGAGGAGGGAGGGAGAAGAAAAAGACGACAGGAUCUCCUCCCAGGCCAGGGAGCUGCAGGAGGCCCGGGUCAAGAGCGAGGGGGCGCGGAGGGCCACCAGAGAGAGGGAGGAGGUCCACCACAGGCUGGAGGAGGAGGUGAAGGAGGGGAGGGCGAAGGCGGAGCGGAGCGCAAAGGAGGCAGCCCAGAUCCUCCGCAUUUUGAAGGAGCGAGAGGAGGAGAUGCAGCAGCUGAGAGUCGUGCUAGAGGAGAGGGAGGAGGAGGGGAGAGAGAGGGAGGCACUGUGGAGGAUAGAGGAGGAGAGGAGGAGGAGGCUGGACAACAAGCUGAUGGAGGUGGAGGAAGAGAAGAGGAGACUGGAGGAGAAAGUGGGGGAAGUAGAGGAGGAGCUGGAGGAAGAGAGGGAGGUGCUUAUAAGAGCCAGGGAGGAGAAGAGGAGGCUGGAAGACACAUGGAAAGACACGGAGAAGGAGGUGAAGGAGCAAAGAGAGGAACUGAGGCUGGCAGAGGAGGAGAAGAGGACACUAGAAAACAAACUAAAGGAGACCAAGGAGGGGAGGAAGGGAGAGGAGGAGGUGCUUAGAAGGGUCAGGGAGGAGAAGAGGAGGCUGGAGGAUGACCUGAUGAUGAAGGAGAGUGAAAUCAAUAGACAAAGGGAGGUGCUAAGGAAGGCAGAGGAGGAGAGGAGGAGGUUGGAGGAUGAACUGAGAGAGGUGAAGGAGGAGGGAGGGCGACUGGUGGAGAACGAGAGAGGUCAGCACCUCCUGGUGGAGGAGAGGGUGAGAUCCAGAGUCAGAGAGCUGGAGGAGGAGAAGGCAGGCCUGUCCAUGGAGCUGAGGAGGAGGGAGAGGGAGGUGAUAGCUCUCAGAGAGGAGGUGCAGAGGGAGAGGGAUGAGGCACAAGAGGAGAUUGGGAAGAGGAGAGAGGAGGUGCAGAAGGAGCAAAAGGACAAGGAGGUUGUACAGGAGGAGCUGAGAAGGAGGGAGAAGGAGGUGACAGCUCUGAGAGAGGAGGUGCAGAAGGAGCAAAAGGACAAGGAGGUUGUACAGGAGGAGCUGAGGAACAAAGGGAAGGAGGUGACUGCUCUGAGAGAGGAGGUGCAGAAGGAGCAAAAGGACAAGGAGGUUGUACAGGAGGAGCUGAGGAACAAAGGGAAGGAGGUGACAGCUCUGAGAGAGGAGGUGCAGAGGGAGAGGGAUGAGGCACAAGAGGAGAUUGGGAAGAGGAGAGAGGAGGUGCAGAAGGAGCAAAAGGACAAGGAGGUUGUACAGGAGGAGCUGAAGAGAAAAGGGAAGGAGGUGACAGCUCUGAGAGAGGAGGUGCAGAAGGAGCAGAGGGACAAGGAGAUUAUAAAGGAGGAGCUGAGGAGCAGAGAGAAGGAGGUGACUGCUCUGAGAGAGGAGGUGCAGAAGGAGCAGAGAGAGAGGGAAGGGGCACAAGAGGAUUGGAGGAGGAGUAAGAGGGAGGUGUUUAUACUUAAAGAGGAGCUGCAGAGGGAACAAGGAGAGAAGAUGGAGGUCCAGGAGGAGCUGAAGACUAAAAGGAAGGAGGUGUCAUGCCUCAGAGAGGAGGUGCAGAGGGAGCAGAGGAGGAUGGCAGAGGAGUCGUCGAUACUGAGAGAGGAGGUGCAGAGGGAACAAAGGGAGAGGGAGGAAGUAGAAGAGAAGUUGAGGAGGACAGAGAAGGAGGUGACGUCUCUCAGAGAGGAGGUGCAGAGGGAGAGGGAGGGGGCACAGGAGGAUUGGAGGAGGAGCAAGAGGGAGGUGUUUGUACUUAAAGAGGAGCUGCAGAGGGAACAAGGAGAGAAGAUGGAGGCCCAGGAGGAGCUGAAGACUAAAAGGAAGGAGGUGUCAUGCCUCAGAGAGGAGGUGCAGAAGGAGCAGAGGAGGAUGGCGGAAGAGUCGUGGAUACUGAGAGAGGAGGUGCAGAGGGAACAAAGGGAGAGGGAGGAAGUAGAAGAGAAGUUGAGGAGGACAGAGAAGGAGGUGACGGCUCUCAGAGAGGAGGUGCAGAAGGAGUGGAGGAGGAGGGAGGAGGCUCAGGAGGAGCUGAGAGGAGUGCAGGCUCAGGUGUCUGAGCUGAGUCAGAGGCAGGAGGUGAAGGAGGAGGAGAAGCAGCAGAUGAAGGAGGGCCUGAGAGCUGCACUGGAGGAGAUGACCACACUCAAACUCCUCCUGCAGGAGAGUCACACGGAGGGGGAGCGUCUGAGGAGCGCUCUGAAGGAGAGGAUCAGGGAGGAGAAUCUGGCCACCGUCAGGGAGGAGGUGGAGAAGGACAGAGGAGAGGUGGAGGAGCUGAGAGCUAGAGCCAAGGCCCUGGAGAGGAGGAGGAGGGAGAUGAUGGAGGAGCUGCAGGAGGCUCGACAACAGAAAGAGAAGGCAGAGGAGGAGAGGAGGGAGGCCGAGGUGCGGUGGAGGAGCCAAGUGAAAGAGAUGGAGGAAGACCAGGAUGUUAAGCUGAAAGCUCUCAUGAGAGAAAUCCAGACACUAAAGGAGAAGGAGAAGGAGCUGGAGAGGGAGUGGAGGUCCAGGGAGGAGGAGAGAGAGAGGGGGGGGGAGGAGCUGGAUGGACAGAGGAGGAGAGGAGACAAAGAAACGGACAUGACGAGAGGAAGAGCAGAGGAGGAAGAGGAGGAGGAGCAGAUCUCCUCUCUGCUGCAGGGGAACGAGGAGAUCAGGAGGCUGCUGAGGCAGAGAGAAGCGGAGGUGUACACGCUGACUCAGAGGACAGAGGAGCUGGAGAAGGACAGGGAUCGCGUCCGAUCGGCUCUGGAGCAAACAGAGGCAGCUAUGAUUGGCUACAGAGAGAGAGCCCACCAACAGGAGCAGAGCGGGGGGGCGGGGCCGCACCCUGAUGAGCGGGGGGUGGAGGACAGACUGGUGGUCCUGCAGCAUCUCGUGGCUGAACUGGAACUGGAACAGAAACGACUGAACAAGAAGAACUCACAUCUGGAAAAUCAGAAAGAAAAACUGAAGAGAGACAGAAACACACUGAGAGACACACUGAGACAGGUGGAGGAGGAGCGGUCGAGACUCCGACUGCAGAUGACUGACAGCAGCAGAUCUCAGGACUCUGCAGACACCACAGAAGAAGAGAAGAGACUGAGAAGCAGAGUAAGAGAGCUGGAGGACCAGGUGAGUCAGCUUCGCCUCUCAUUGGCUGUGGAUCACCAGCAGAGGGCGGAGUUUAUCCAUCAGUCCUCCAAAAACAGCCAAUGGCUGCUCUCACUGCGACACGACCUCAGUGAUUCGUUGGCCGCCGUCACACGCCAUCCAAUCCCGUCUGUCCUGGAGUCAGAGACGCAGCGAUUGGACCGUAGCCUGAAGGAGGAGGAGUUUAGGAUGUCCCUCAGCCAAUCAUAAUGCCAGAGAACAAAUGACCAAAGCUUCUGACCAAAAACUGUUCAUCCAAACAGCCUUAAAGACAAUCGGCUGUGUCCUGUUGCUAUAGCGAUUGCUUGUUUGUUUUAAAGCACAUACACAAUAAAGUUAUUUAUUGAGUUGUAUUUAUGUUUAUAUGAUCCAUAUAU